CUAAAUAAAUUAAACAAUUUUUUUUUAUAAGUAAUUCAAAAUAAUAGUUCAACGAUAUAUAUGCUGAUAAUGGAAUAUGCCGACAGUGGUACACUUCGAGAAUAUCUAAAGGGAAAUUUUAAAAAACUCACAUGGAAUAAUAAAUUUAAAAUGGCGCAUCAAUUAGCUUGCGCAGUAUUACAUUUACAUGAGGAGAAUAUUAUUCAUCGUGACUUGAACUCCAAAAAUGUGUUCGUCCAUCAAAGUACUAUCAAAUUGGCUGAUUAUGGGAUUAAAGAAUCAGUAUCAUCAGCCGGCGUAGUUCAGUAUGUUGAUCCAAAAAAAUUCACGGGUAAUAAAUACUCCUUAAAUGAGAAGAGCGAUAUUUAUAGUAUUGGCGUACUUCUAUGGGAGAUAUCAAGCGAUCGGCUACCUUUCGAGAGUAAAAGCAAGUAUUUUUUAAUUGUAAAUAUUCCGAAAGGUCUUAGAGAAGUCCCUAUCCCAAAUACACCUGAGGACUAUGAAAAUAUUUAUACUGAUUGUUGGAAACAUGAACCAGAUGAUCGUCCAACAAUCCAAGUUGUAGUUUCUAGAUUAAAAGUACUAAUUAGUAAUAACACCACAAAACAUUGGACACCUAUUAGUAAUUCAUCACAUUCAUUACAUAAUAAUUUAAAGAAAGAUAUGGUUGAAAGAAUAGCUGCUUCUCCUUAUAAGAUAUAUGAUAUAGUUCAAGGAAUAGCUACUCUUCCUUAUAAGAUAUAUGAUGAAAAUAAAAAACAGAAAGUUCUUGAUUAUCUUAAAGAUCAUUAUGUGACUUCAAAAGAAAUUUUUGACUGGCUGCUAAAUAAUCAAAAUCAUCCCAAUUCUUUUCUUGUGUUGGGAGAUUUUUAUUAUUUAGGAAUUGCGACCAAAGUUAACAAGAAAAUGGCUUAUAAUUUCUAUGAGAAAGCAGGAGAUGGAUAUGAUGGACUUAGCGUAGCUCAAUACAAUCUUGGAUUUAUAUGUGAAAAUGACAAAUUAUUUGACACAUUUAAAGCAAUGUAUUGGUAUAAUAAAUCUGCUAAACAGGGAAAUCAUGAAGCUAGGGAAAGUUUUUAUAGAAUACGAAGUUCUUCAAGUAAUACUAUUAGUGCAAGUAGUAUUGAUAAAUUUGAUGAUAUGAGAGUUUUUUUUCCAUAAAUUUUUGUUCUUUUUAAAUUGUCUCGUAGUCUUUAGUUACUUUUAAAAUAAUAUUAAAAUUUUUUUUUUGAUAUUUUCAUUAAAUUUUAAAUUUCAAAAAGCUUCAAAAGGUAGGCCAUAAUUAUGAGAAGUCAGUAUGCAGAAUUUUAAAGAUUUAUUUUUUG